AUGCCGCGUCACAAAAUUUCACCAACAUCGGUUACAACUAAUGAACAAAUGGUUUAUUAUUUAUUAACUUCCGAGGAAGUUUUAGCUGAAAUUACUAAAACAACUAAAGAAGUUAAUGAAGUUCUUGGUUUACCAUCAACAACAUUAGUACGUUUAUUAUUGAAUCAUUUUCAUUGGGAUAAAAAUACUUUAACAGAACGUUUUUAUGAUGAUCCAGAAAAAUUAUUUGAAAUACUUAAUGUUGCUAAUCCAUAUUUAUCACCAUCACUUCAAUGGAAUCCUCUAUCACCUGCAAUUGGCUCUCAAACUGAUCCUAUGCUUUUUUUAAGUCAACAACCAACUGAUAACGGAAAUGCUACUUGUCGAACUUGUUUAAAUGAAUGUCCAUUAAAUGAAUUUUACUCUUUACGAUGUCGACAUCAACAUUGUUUAGAAUGUUGGCAAAAUUACCUUGAACAAAAUAUAUUUCAAACAGGUUGUGGACGAGCAAUAUUUUGUCCAUCUCGAUGUACUCAAAUAAUAGAUGAUGAAAAAAUUUUAGAAUUAUUAUCAAAUAAACCAAAUCUUCGUGAACAAUACGGAAAAUUUUUAAUUAAUGCAUUUGUUGAAACAAAUCGUUUAACACAUUUUUGUCCAGGUAAUGGAUGUACAACUAUAAUUAAAAUGAAAAGUUAUACACCUAAAUGUGCACAAUUAAUUGAAUGUGAUAUGUGUAAAACAACGUUUUGUUUUCAAUGUUCAAAACAAUGGCAUGAACCAGUUCAAUGUUCAUUAUUACAAAAAUGGGAACAAAAAAAUCUCGAUGAAUCAAUGACAGGAACAUGGAUGCUUGCUAAUACAAAAGAAUGUCCAAAAUGUCAUUCGAGUAUUGAAAAAAAUGGUGGAUGUAACCAUAUGACUUGUAGAAAACCAGGAUGUGUUCAUGAAUUUUGCUGGUUAUGUUUUGGUGAUUGGAAAGGUCAUACGCAAUGUAAUGUUUAUCAUCAAGAGGCAAGUGAAAAAAAUCAAUCUGAAGCUCGGGAAAUUCUUGCACGUUAUAUGCAUUAUUUUACACGUUAUCAAACACAUAAUCAAUCACUUGAAUUCGAAGGUAAAUUAUUAGAUCAAGUUGAACAACGUAAAAAAGAAAUGCAAAAUGAAUCAAUGACAUAUACUGAACAACAAGCCGUACAAAAAGCAUUUGAUGUUCUUCAACAAUGUCGUCGUACACUUAAAUAUACAUAUCCAUUUGCAUAUUAUUUAGAACGAAGUAAUUUAUCGGAAAUAUUUGAACAAAAUCAAGCUGAUUUAGAACGAGCAACAGAAGCUUUAUCGGGAUUUUUAGAAAAUGAAAUUAACGUUACACAAAAUCAAAUAGUACAAUUAAUGGAUAAAACAAGUUAUUGUGAACAACGAAGAAAAAUUUUAGUUGAUCAUUGUAAAGAUGGCUAUAGUAAACAAUAUUGGAACUUUAAUCUGUGA